CACUGAAGUCGGAAGAACGACUUCCCAUCGAGUAAACUGGGACCAUCCGAGGAGCACCUGAAUGCAGCACAUAACAAUAACAACUGCUUGAAGGACAAGUUUCUCUCUGGUUAGAGAUCAAAAGCUGAACAUGAGUGCGACCUGGGCUAAAUGUAGAUCCGUGCUGAUCACGGGCUCCAGCAGAGGCAUCGGGCUGCACGCGGUGAAGCAGCUGGUGAAGAGCAGCAGCAGACCGGCCACGAUCAUAGCGACAGCCCGCAACCCGACCGCCUCCACGGUAGUAGACCUACCUACCGCAUGGGUUUCUAAUGCUUUAGACCAACACAGAUACAAACACAUGCAGAAGAAGAGGUCUGUAGGGCUGCGGGAUCUACAAGAGCUCUCCAAAACGUUCCCAGGUGUUCAUAUAGUGACACUAGACGUGGACAGUGAGCAGAGUGUGAGCUCAGCACUGCAGGAGGUCGCGUCCAUCGUUGGAAAUGAAGGACUCAACUGUCUGAUCAAUAACGCUGCGAUCGGAAACACCACGGACUUAAACACCGUCACACCAGAGGCCAUGACGUAUAGCUUCCAGGUCAACACUGUGGCUCCUCUCUUUGUCACCAAGGCGUUCCUGCCUCUGCUGCAGACGGCUGCAGCUCACUCCUCCGGGAUGGGGAUUCACAGAGCAGCCGUCAUCAACGUCUCCUCCAUCCUCGGCUCCAUCACACACAACUGGGCUGAAGGUGCUAACUUUAAGAGCUACGCCUACCGCACCUCCAAGGCUGCUCUGAACAUGGUGACCAGGUGUCUGGCUGCUGAUCUGGGCUCAGACGGCAUCCUGUGUAUGUCUCUGCACCCAGGCUGGGUCCGGACCGACAUGGGGGGGCCUCUGGCUGAUCUGUCCGUAGAGGAGAGUGUUUCUGCUCUGCUCUCCGUCCUCUCUGCUCUGUCAGAAAAAGAUCACGGAGGAUUCAAAGACUUCCGAGGAAACGUCCUACCGUGGUGACAUCACACGCCAUCUCUGACUGGCGCCUUCAUCUUCUCGCAUUAACGGACAAUCCGUAUGAAGUGCUGUCUUUUUAAAGCUCCUUGGAACAUUUGUGUUUGUUCUCAUCAUGUAACUGUAAACAGAAACAUAUUAACUCGCUCUAAUCGACAAGAAUCUGUUUGUAUCGUCACAUUUCUUUGAGGUGAGCCACAAGGAUCUACUCCCGGCCCCUUUUUUAUUUUUAUUAUUUAAAGGACCCCUAGUGGUUAAAAUGGGUACUGCAGUCUAAAUUCAGACUAAAUUGAGUCUGGUUCUGAUCCAGGUUUCUGUUCUUCAUGAGUCUGGUUCUAAUCCAGGUUUCUGUCUGUUCAACAUGAGUCUGGUUCUGAUCCAGGUUUCUGUUCUUCAUGAGUCUGGUUCUGAUCCAGGUUUAUGUCUGUUCAACAUGAGUCUGGUUCUGAUCCAGGUUUCUGUCUGUUCUUCAUGAGUCUGGUUCUGAUCCAGGUUUCUGUCUGUUCAUUUUAAGUCUGGUUCUGAUCCAGGUUUCUGUCUGUUCUCCAUGAGUCUGGUUCUGAUCCAGGUUUCUGUCUGUUAAUUUUAAGUCUGGUUCUGAUCCAGGUUUCUGUCUGUUCAUCAUGAGUCUGGUUCUGAUCCAGGUUUCUGUCUGUUCUCCAUGAGUCUGGUUCUGAUCCAGGUUUCUGCCUGUUCAUCACGAGUCUGGUUCUGAUCCAGGUUUCUGUCUGUUCUUCAUGAGUCUGGUUCUGAUCCAGGUUUCUGUCUGUUCAUUUUAAGUCUGGUUCUGAUCCAGGUUUCUGUCUGUUCUCCAUGAGUCUGGUUCUGAUCCAGGUUUCUGCCUGUUCAUCAUAAGUCUGGUUCUGAUCCAGGUUUCUGUUCUACAUGAGUCUGGUUCUGAUCCAGGUUUCUGUCUGUUCAUUGUAAGUCUGGUUCUGAUCCAGGUUUCUGUCUGUUCUCCAUGAGUCUGGUUCUGAUCCAGGUUUCUGUCUGUUCAUCAUAAGUCUGGUUCUGAUCCAGGUUUCUGUUCUACAUGAGUCUGGUUCUGAUCCAGGUUUCUGUCUGUUCAUCAUGAGUCUGGUUCUGAUCCAGGUUUCUGUUCUCCAUGAGUCUGGUUCUGAUCCAGGUUUCUGUCUGUUCAUCAUAAGUCUGGUUCUGAUCCAGGUUUCUGUUCUACAUGAGUCUGGUUCUGAUCCAGGUUUCUGCCUGUUCAUCAUGAGUCUGGUUCUGAUCCAGGUUUCUGUUCUACAUGAGUCUGGUUCUGAUCCAGUGGAUUGUGCUCAUGGUGGAUUCAUGUUGGGUUUUUAUGAAUAACAAAGAGUACGCUAGAGUCCUGCUCUGUUUGUAAAUGAAGAAUGAUUCAUCUAAAGACCUCGAUAAAACCUCUCACUGACAACAGUCACUGUGUUUAAAUGUCUUGGCAGUGAUGGUCUUACACAUGGUUAGAAGCUGAGAGAAUCCAUGUGAGGAAACUCAGUGACUUUGAUGAUGAAGAUAAAAUCAGUCGGACGAUGAACCACCCCUUGACAAAACGUCAUAUUGCAGUGAACAAACAAACAUUAGAAGCCAUGUUUAAUGUGAACUAACAGCUGUUCUCCAUUAUUAGAAUUAGAAGAAUUAAUUUGAAGGUGAUACAUAUUGUGAUUGUGACUAAUGCAAAGAAAUCCACUCGAGUUGUCCACUGAGUCCAGUGCCAUAGUUUUAUUCAGUCCACUCUCUGAAAUCAGACCAUGAUGAUAUAUAUGAAGAUGAUAAUACAGUGAUGGCUUUUCAUUGGCUGGAUCCUCCUUCAGUCAGGAGAUCUCAAGAUUUAUUUACAGCAGCACAAAGAUCAGACCGAAGUGAUAGUGUGUUAAAGAAUCGGAUGUUUGGUGUGAAAGGAGACGCCCACUCAGCACAAACACAAACAGCGGGCGCAAAGACACAAACUUCAGGGAUUGGCCAGUUCUUCUGAUGUCACAGAGGACGGCAGGGUGUCCAAGGCUCCCAUCUCUGUUAACACACAAACACACACACACGGAGAGAACAUUACUAAACCAGCUCUCAAAAGAAUUUUCAUUGAUUCAAAUCUGACAUAAAUUCACCAAAACUCUGAGAACAGAACCAGAAAAUGUCUCUUCAGGAUUUCUUUAAAAAAAAAGAACUGGAAUGGAUUUAAAAAUCUUUUAGGUCAACAGAGGCAACGCACCUCCUAAAAACUGCACAAAGACAUAAAUAUGUUUAAUACGUAACUCCUGUGGAUGUCAUCAUGAUAAACGUGAGAUAUGAGACACAACAGUCCAACAGGUAAUGUCUUUUAGACCACUGGUUCUCAACUGGUGGGUCGGGACCCAAAGGUGGGUCGUGGAAGUGUUACCAGUGGGUCGCGAGCAUGUGCCUGAAAAAAAAUUCUAGUGUCAAACAAGUCAAGUGCUUUUUUAAACGUGUUAGUUUUGUUCAGUUUCUUGCUCCCAUCAGAUGUUUUGCACCGUCUGAGGUACAAAACAUCUGACAGAAGCUGCAAACUGCAAACUGCACCAUUUUGCAUUAAAUGAAUCGGAUUGGUUGAAAAAUAUCAGAAAUUUGGGGCGUUAUUUUUCAGGGAGGAGCUGGUGGUGGAUCCUGAGGCUAGACGAGUUGAGAAGCAUUUAGACAAACUGAAGAAAGGACAUCAGUCUAAAUAUAAAGAUCAUUUUAAUUGGGGUCACCAUGUGGUGGACUCUGAAGCUUCAGUGUUUAUCCAGCUCUGCAUGGGUCUGUAAACCUUUCUGUGUUCUAACCUCUCUCCAUUUUUCAAAAGCAUCUCCAAUAUUGAUCCUAGUUUGAGCACGUUUCUGCUCGUGGAGCUUAUUAGAAACAUGCAGAGGCUUUUUAGGUCGGGUACAAUCACUUCUAUCUGAACCACUUCUCUUGCCCGCUUCCAUAGCUGCAACACCUGUUGACCUGAUAACUGCUCUCAUAUCUGGCAAACCGAGGGGCGUCCAAAACGGCCGUGUGGGGGUGUGUCUUAAAAGCGCCUACCUUCUCUGGUCCAAACAAAUCCAGAGCAUUCAGGAGCAGAAUCUAAAGUUAGAAGGAGGACAUACUGACUGCUGCAUUGUUGUCAGAGAAGCCAGCACUUCAACAUGUUUCCUUAAUGAUCAGAUAGUAAGAUACCUUUAUCAUCUCACUCUCUACACAUCUCACUGAUUGGAUCUUUAAAGACGUGAAACAGUCUAAAGUUAGAGGUAAAAACAUGUUGUUAGAAAAUAAAGGAGCACAUGAACUUUGAUUUAGUUCUGGGUCUGAGACUUGUGUGUCAGUGAAGAGGUUUAUUAGUUGAAGUGAUGUCAGAAGGCUUCACUUGUGUGUUAAUUGUCCUGUAAUUAUAAAGCUUUUCAAACAAGCUGUUGACCUUCCUCCACUCUCCUCCUCGUGACCAACAGAACAUUAAAGCCUCUUAAAUAAGA